AUGUCUCCUUAUUCGAUGAAGCCCAAACUCACCUUGGCAAGGCUUAAGGAGCCCGAAUUUGAAACAUCCCAACGUGUUCGGUCAGUGAGAGUAAAGAGUACUGAUGAGCUUGAAGAAGAGAUUAUGGCCAAAUUUUCAAAGUUAAAGGCUCGACCACGACACAAAAGAUCUUGUUGCUCAUUGGAUCAGUGA